UCGCCACAGUUUGCUUUGACAAAUGAACUAUCAACUCAGUUCCUUAUUCGUGUAGAACAUGAUACAAGUGGUGAUUCUUCUUCUGCUGCAGCAGGCAGAGAAAGUGAGUGCUGCCUGGUCGGUGACCUUUGAGGACGCCGACGUUUGUGCUUUGAGGGGGUCUUCGGUGGAGUUCAGGUGUUCGUACAGAUACCCAGACAAGGAAUCCGUCAGAGAGACCGCAUGGCACAGAGGGAUGAUUCAGAAUGGCGUCUUGAAACGCGUCAGGCUUUCAGACCUUCCGUCAUACGACGGUCGAUUUGAGUAUCGGGGUGAUCACGCACACAACUGCAGCCUGGUUUUGCGCGACCUGCAGGAGAACGACACUGGACAUUACUUCUUCUGGUUUGACACAGAUAUGUUUGGACGGCGCAGUAAGACGUCAGUGAGUCUCUCUGUCACAGGGCUGGAAGCCAGAGUCCGCCCCGACAGAGUGAGACUCGGAGACAGCGUGACCCUGGACUGUCGGACAAAGUGCCAAAUCGGCAACAUAACCUGGUUCAGAGACGGACGCCCGGUGGCAGAACCAACGUUUCAGGCUCAGACCACAGAUACCGGAAACUAUUCAUGUGCUUUUGAGGGGGUAACAACCUCACAAUCAGAUCCUGUGGCUCUGGAUGUUUGGUAUCCUCCGCUGAACGUAUCCGUUGAGGUGAAGCGCUCUGGCCCUCUGCUGGUCGGCAGCAACGUGACUUUGACCUGCAGAGGUUCUGGCAGCCCGGCUGCAAUCACUUACACCUGGUGGUACAGCAGCGACGUCUCCAACUCCAGCACCGAGCUCCAGGUGGGCUCGGGGCAGGUGUUGAGUAUUUCCUCCGUCGAGCUGACCCACUCUGGGACGUAUAUCUGCCAGGCCCAGAACCGUGCGGGCGAGAGCCGUUCAGCUGAGCUGCUGCUGGCGGUGGAAGAAACAGUCCAUCCUUUAAUUGUCCUUGGAAUUGGAAUUAAGGUGAUUAUUCUGCUUGUGCUGCCACCGAUUCUAAUCUGGGUCUGGAAGCGUCGGUCUUGUUCUGAUGCAAAGAAUGAAGAGAAUACCAGCAAUGACUAUGAAAAUGUGAUUUUUGGAUGAAAGAACAACAACUCCCCUCCGCCAGCCUUCAUCAGAUCAGAUAAAAGUGGUAUCAAAUGUUUGUGCUACGUUUUUGCUGGUUUGUGCAGCAAUGAAUGACGUUUGUGCUGCUGUCAUUUUAAAGAUAUAAAGAAAUGUUUCUAGAGGUCAUCAAAGGUCAAUGAACAUCGGUUCAUGCUGGAUCUGUGACUUUCAUUUGAAAUUGUUAGGUGCCAACAUAUGAACAAUAAAAAACAAAUUCAUUUUAUCGAUGAAAUUCACUUGGAACCAGGUCUUAUUUAGACUGAACUGGUGCAACACCUGCCAAAACACACCUGGUGACCUGUAUUUUAAUUUCUGACCACCAGAGGACGAUAUUGGACAAACAAUUCUUUUUCUUCAAUCAUCUCUUCUAAAAUUCCUCCAUUAUAAUCACCUUUAUCUCCCCAUGAAGUGCUAUGUGCAUUGAAGUCCCCACACCAAACUACUUUCCACCUCCAGUGUUCUAGGAUUGUAUCAAGUUUUAACUUUUCUUAUUGUUUGUAAUAAUUUAUUAUUGUAAUAUUCCCAUUGUUUGUCCAGUUUUCUAUAGCAAUAAGUUCUAAGUCUGAUGUUAUUUGGAGCUGAAUAAAUUUUAUUUAAUGGCACAUCCUCCUCCAUUACCCUUUAUCC